CGAAGAAAGGACCGCGGAGUUCGCAGUUAUGGCGUCGACUGAAAACAAUGUGGAGCUGAAGCGAAAAGCUGCAGAAGGCCUGGAUGGAGAUGGGGAAAGAGAAGAUACAGACUGGGUCGGACCUAUGCCAAGUGAAGCCUCAAAGACAAAGAAACGGAAAGUUCUUGAAUAUGAACGUGUCUACCUGGACAAUCUUCCAUCAGCCGCCAUGUAUGAACGGAGUUACAUGCACAGAGACGUUAUCACGCAUUUAGUUUGUUCCAAGACAGACUUCGUCAUCACAGCCAGCCAGGAUGGACACGUCAAAUUUUGGAAAAAGAAGGAGGACAACGGAAUAGAAUUUGUGAAACACUUUCGAAGCCAUCUUGGUGUGAUUGAAAGUAUUGCUGUCAGUGCUGAAGGAGCUCUCUUCUGUUCUGUUGGGGAUGAUCGGGCCAUGAAAAUAUUUGAUGUGGUCAACUUCGACAUGAUCAAUAUGCUAAAGUUAGGCUUUCAUCCAGGCCAGUGUGAGUGGAUAUACAACCCUGGAGAUGCCAUUUGCACCGUGGCUUGCUCAGAAAAAUCCACAGGCAGGAUCUUUGUGUAUGAUGGAAGAGGAAGCAACGAGCCCCUUCAUGUCUUUGAUAAAAUGCACUCCUCACCUCUGUCCCAGAUCCGCUUGAAUCCUAAAUUCAGAGUUAUUGUUUCGGCUGACAAAUCAGGAAUGCUUGAGUACUGGACAGGCCUUCCCAAUGAAUUCAGAUUUCCCAAACACGUGGACUGGGAGUACAAAACGGACACAGACCUGUAUGAAUUUGCUAAACACAAAACCUAUCCUGUCAGCCUGGCCUUCUCCCUUGAUGGGAGGAAAAUGGCCACCAUAGCUUCUGACAGGAAAGUGAGAAUUUUCCGUUUCCUGACAGGAAAACUGAUGCGAGUGUUUGAUGAAUCUUUAACAAUGUUCACAGAGCUGCAGCAGAUGAGGCAGCAGCUGCCGGACAUGGAGUUUGGGAGGAGAAUGGCCGUGGAGAGAGAACUGGAGAAGGUGGACGCUGUUCGACUGACAAACGUUCUGUUUGAUGAGACGGGUCACUUUGUGCUGUAUGGAACCAUGCUGGGCAUUAAAGUCAUCAAUGUGGAAACCAACAGAUGUGUGCGAAUCCUUGGGAAGCAGGAGAAUAUUCGAGUGGUCCAGCUGUGCCUGUUCCAGGGGGUUGCAAAGACCAUGAAUGUGGCUCCCACUGUGGAGAUGAAGGCCUCCGAUAACCCCGCCCUGCAGAACGUAGAGCCUGAUCCAACUGUCUUCUGCACCGCCUUCAAGAAGAACCGCUUCUACCUGUUCACAAAAAGAGAACCAGAGGACACAAAGAGUGCAGACUCUGACAGAGACAUCUUUAAUGAGAAGCCUUCUAAGGAAGAGGUGAUGGCUGCCACUCAGGCAGAGGGUCCUAAGAGAGUGUCUGACAGCGCCAUCAUACACACCACCAUGGGAGACAUCUACAUUAAGCUUUUUCCUGUGGAGUGCCCAAAAACUGUGGAGAACUUCUGUGUCCACAGCAGAAAUGGAUACUACAAUGGACAUAUUUUUCACAGAGUAAUUAAGAGUUUCAUGAUUCAGACAGGAGACCCCACAGGCACAGGGAUGGGAGGAGAGAGCAUCUGGGGAGGAGAGUUUGAGGAUGAGUUUCACACCACACUGAGACAUGACCGCCCGUACACUCUCAGCAUGGCCAAUGCAGGACCCGGCACCAACGGCUCACAGUUCUUUGUCACGGUGGUCCCCACUCCUUGGCUUGACAACAAACACACUGUGUUCGGAAGAUGCACCAAAGGCAUGGAGGUGGUCCAGAGGAUCUCCAAUACCAAAGUGAACCCCAAGACAGACAAACCGUAUGAGGACAUCAGCAUUAUCAACAUCACCAUAAAGUGAUAUUCUCUCUAUGUUCUGUACAGUGAUGUUGAUUUUUACUGACUCAAUAAAGAUGGUUUUAAUGGAUUAUAGGAAAUGUUACAGCUUGUAACAAAUAUUACAGAAGUUAACCAGUAAAACAACUGCUGAAACAUUCAGAACAGUAGGAAAAAUGAGCAGAAAAUUGUUGGAAUAUGCUUAAUGCUAUAACAAACUUAAUGGUAGAUAAAAGCCAAAACCUCUACUGAAGGCUAAAACUGGUAAACCUGUAGCUAAAAUCCAACAUUAUACUUAACAUUACCUGACUCGCUGUUUAAAUCUGUAGAUUCAUGUGUUUACAGCUCUGAAACAGAAGUCCAUUUUCUUCAUCUUUUUACUUUUAAUUUUCCAUGUAGAUAGUAACGUCCAGCCUGGGUCACGGAGUGUAUCGAUUUUGCAGAAUGAAAAAAGGUGACAUUGUACAUCUUAUUUUAUUAGUCUAGUAGGAAAGGGGGUGGGGUCCCAUGCACCCGAAAGAUAUAUAUUUUUAACCUAACUUUUUGUAAUCCUAAAGGUGUCUAGUAAAUGGAUUGUGAUGGCCCCAAAGCAAGUUAUUGUCCCAUGUAUGUUUUUAUUGACUAUCUUUAAUGGCCGACCUGGAUUUUCCAUUGUGAAAAAUGAAAACUUUAAAUCAACACAACUCCUAAACUAUAUAUAUGACAGACACCAUUCACCCCAUUUUAUUUUUGUCUUUUCAUGGGUAAUUUGUUGAAAAAAAAGAUUCCUAUGAUUAAAUCAUGUUUGAUGCAUAAUAGCUGGAGUAAACAAACAAAAAAAAAGGCUAAAAUUCGCCUAAACUGAAUCGCAGGAACUACUCUCCUGUACCCUAUUGAUAUUUUUUUCAAAGCUUUGUGUAUUUAUAAUUUUCAACAUGCAUAGUAAACACAAGUUGAUGAUAUCCACU